AGGAACUCCAUUUGUUGCUUUUGUACGUACGUGUGAUAUGCAUGCGGCAGUGAAAUCAACUGUUUUUGCGAUAGUCGGUCACACAGUUAUCUGCUUCGUUGUGUUAUAAUAUAUAUAUAUAUAAUAUAGAGGUUAACCUUUGCAGGACGGAUCUGGUCGAAAUAUCGACCACUAGUUUGGUCGGGCACUCCACUUGAAAAAUUCAUCAAUAUUAUGCAGAAAUUUAGUGUAAAAAAAAAGUUCGAUUUUAGCGUAAAAAUCCCCGUCCUUAAAAGGUUAACAAUGUAAACAGAGUAGAACGGUAGAACCGAUACAAUUAUAUACCUUGUCGCAGGCUGUAGCGCGCAGGUGAGGUAUUAUCGCGGUGUUGUCAAAGGAAGGAACAACGUAGCGGGGAUCCGUAUUUGUUUGCGGUGAAUACGAAUGUAACGUUGCAAAGUUUUAUACUAUUUGGUAUAAAAGCAAACAAAAUGAGUACGUUCGAUGUAAAGUUUGAUGAACCCGAAAGAUUGAAGGAUAUUUUCUUAUCGUUGAUGAAGGAUGAUCACGUGGUGUCAAGAAAUCAAAUUCGGGAUGCCGAUAGGCCUCUGUCACAGGACAUCCCGGCACAAUGGCAAACGGAGUUCGAACACAUUCACAGACAAAUAGAUAAAAGAUCAUUAGCUCCGGAAGAGUUGACGGAAAAGGGUUAUUUCGAAUGGAUAAUGGCUAGAAAUGAUGUACGUACAAACAUAAUGUCAUGGCUCGGUUUGACAAAAGAGAAAGGAAAAAAAUCGUUAAAAGAUCCAGAGAGAGCAAAAUUUUACAGAGAGGAAGGGAAUGCAUUCUUUAAAAAGCAGGAUUAUUAUUCCGCAAUUAAAAGCUAUACGCAAAGCGCCAAAUAUGCUACUCUGAAAAAUAAUGAUUUUUCUACCGCCAUUGCCAACCGUUCAGCUGCAUUCUGUCACAUGCAUAGAUAUCAGGAAAGUCUUCAGGAUAUAAAACUGGCUAUCGAUUGUGGAUAUCCAGACGUUACUAUGUGGAAAUUAUAUCUACGAACUAUAGAAUGCCAUCUUGGUUUGGGAAACAUCAAAUUAGCAGAGGAAGAGUUAGACAAGUUGACCAAAUUACUUGAUAAGGACAUUGAGGGUGUAUCGUCGAUGAAAAACACGAUUCUGAAGAAAGCAAAAGACCUGAUGAAAAAACAAGAGAAAUUGAUGCAGCCUGAUAGAGAUGUAAUGAGUCUCGCAAAUCAUGCGGUUAUAAACCCAGAAGAUAUGUUACCAAAGAAUGAGCAAUUCCCUUUCGCGUCGCCAUCGUUGAUACUUAAAACGUGUCCAAACCGAGGGAGAUAUGUAAUAGCUGGAAAAAGGAUAAGAAAAGGAGAGCUAUUGUUUGUGGAGAAACCAUUUGCAUGGGUUCCAGUGACCGAUGGAAAUAAUGCUUCGCUGUGCGCACACUGUUGUGGGCCCAUGGACCUUUCAAAGAUUCCUUGCAAAGGAUGUUUGGAGGCUCUGUACUGUAAUCGUACCUGUUGGGACGAAUCUUGGUCGUAUCACCAGUGGGAAUGUCCCGGUUAUCACAUGAAUCUCUGGCAGCAGGUCGGCGUCUCCCAUUUGGCUUUCAAAAUUUUCAUUGUAUCAGCCACAACCUCCAAUGUCCGCUCGUUCAACGACGUUCAUAAGUUGAUGACAAAUUCGGACAAAACUAAACCUGCUGAUAUGCUUGGCCUUGCUAUCGCCAGUCUCAUGGUGAUUCUGUAUAUGGAAAAAUAUACAAAUUUUUUCGAAUCCGUCAACGUUAAAGAGUGUCUUGUUGAUAAAUUCGACAAUAAAAGUUUGGGUCUCGAGGACAUCGACGUGUCGACGGUCGAGGGAAAAAAACUUUACGUCGGUACAAUGAUUUUCCGACAUUCACUACAGAUGCUCGCAAACGCUUACGCCGUGACCACAAUCGAUGCAUCUACCGAGUCACUGAUCGAGCGUGCAACUCUCAUAACGGAGCAGCAGCGUUUAGCGACAGGGGCUUAUCCAUAUUCGUCCAUGUUGAAUCAUUCCUGUGACCCGACAGUUAUAAACUCGUUCUGGAAAAAUUGGCUCAUCGUUAAAUCUUUGAAAGAUGUUCCGGCAGGCCAAGAGAUUUUCAAUUGCUAUGGACCGUUCUUUAGACGAAUGUCCAAAUCCGAGCGGUUGGUCGAUUUGUCGCAACAAUACCAUUUCAAUUGUCAAUGUGAGAUUUGCGGAGAUUCGCGUUUCGAUUAUUUUGCGGAACGUUUCAAGGGACUCAAGUGUCCAGAGUGUUCAGGUUCAUCGGGAUUAACUAACGGUAUCCAACGGUGUUACGAUUGCGGCGCAACAAGCAACGUUGAUUGUCGCGAUGCUCUGACCAAAGCUCAAAGUCUCUUCGAUCAAGCAACGGAAUUUACGGAAGCUGACCAACCAGAGCGAGCGAUUGCGUGCCUUAAAAAGAGUCUAGCUAUACGACAGAAAUAUCUGUACAAAAACAACGAGGAUAUCGCGAAAACUCUAAACGAAUUGGGACAUAACUAUACAGUUAUCGAAGGUCAGUGCCUCGUUGCAUUGUCCUAUUUGAAGAGAAGUCUUUCCGCUAUCGAAGAGAGAUAUGGCUCGGACAGCAUCGAAGUUGCCAACGAGUUGAACCUGCUGACCGACGUGUGUUUAAUUUAUCUUCAACGAACGUUCAACCGAACGACCGACGAAUACAGAGAUACUUUCCAAGAAGGACUUAAGUACGUGGAUCGUAUGGUGAAAAUAGUCACUUUGACGAGCGGACCUUGGUGCAACACCUAUCAAGAAGCUAAAGAAAAAGAAAUAAGAUUCCAUUCGCUCCGCCAAUGGCUUCGCUUUUAGUAGCAAUCCGUUUUCAGGACGUAUACUCUCCCCCCUUCUUCGCUCCCUGGCAUUUUGUAUCUUGCAACACGGCAGUGAUUAUCAUUAUUCAUAUCCAACCUUUUAUUUUAUUACCGACAGUUUGUCCUUAUUUAUGCUGAAAGAGCAAUUAUCUAUCGAGGAUGUUUAUAUUUUUCAACUUUGCUCUUAAAACUUUGUUCCCUUUGUGAUUAAUUGAAAUUCUAAAAUAAAAUGAAAAUCAAUUUAGUAGAUA